AUGCCAGCGGGCUCCAGCAGUUCGGUGCCCAUCUUUGAGGAUGACUUAGAUCCUGAUGAGGUUGCAGAGUUGGAGAAAGCAGCAGUUAAGACGCAGAAGGAGCCAGGUGGAUUCCAGAAACGUUUGGUGCUAUUUUCAGGAGAUGUUCCCCAGAAGGAGGAUGUUCCUGCUGCUGACCAUGGUGGAUUCUGUCCUGAUGGCGCGCGUCGGGAUUGUGGGGACCUGGCGGCUCUACUGUGUGGAAAACCUCAGACACUGUGGACCUCGCGGGAGGAGUCACCCCCUCGAGAGCAGGGCCACUGCUACCCUCCACGCUGUGACUCCGAGGAUCGCUUGCUGUCCACCGUGUCCCAUUUGGCGACCGAGCCGGGAGAGCUUCACGCUUCCUCUUUUUGCUCCCCUUCCAGAGAGAGACCCCUCCGGGCCUGGGAGUUUAUUACAGCUCAGGCAGGAAAGAGAAAAACGCAAUUAAAGAAAUUAUUUCGGCUCUGCAACGUCGGACACUUUAAUAGUAACGAGCUAGUGUCCUGGGACGACGCCAUGCUAUGUCUCCAUCUUGGGAUACAAGUGACACUAUUGGUGAUGGACAUCAGCACAGGGGCCACUGUUAGGGAAAUAGACUCAGGCUCUUGUGGAAUGAGCUUAUUUUUAUCUGAAGCUGUUGGAUCACAAGGACAAGUCCUAAGUUUUGAGACAAAAGACCACUGUGACUGGGCUAAAAAGAAGCAACACUGGUGUGAUUCAUGGAGAUUAAGUCAUACCCAAGAAUGACCAGACGAUGUGAAUUUUAUUUAUAGUGAUAUUUUAAAGGAAGACAUAAACUCUCUAACAUUUGAUGCAGUGGAUAAGUUAGGUCAGUUAGAAACUGGCUAUGUGGUUUGCCUUACAAAACAGAGAAGUGGAAUUCUAUAUCCAAAAGUCAGACUAAACAUCAAUGAAGAUUUACAAUUAUAUUCUCAAUAGGAAAUUGAGGUUGGAAAUGAAGUGUUUCAAGAGGAGAACCCAUGGUUUAUCAGGGCAAUUGGCCGAGGAAAAGAAUCCCAUUCUGAUUUUUCAUACAGACCAUGUCUCUAUAUUGCUAGACUUGUUCACUGGCAAACUAGUCACACAUGUCAGUAA